ACCAACAAAAUUCAGGAAGGAUUUCAAUCUCUGAUGACAAAAUCCAAAGAAUCUUCAAUGUGACUGUAAAUAAUCUGAGGGAUGAAGACCCUGGUCAUUACUGGUGUGCUGUGGAGAUUAAGGAUGGGCCUGAUAUCCGCAAGUAUUUUCAUCUGUCAGUCAGCGGAGAUUACAGGAUCUAAAGGAAAAGAUAUAACCAUCAAUUGCGACUAUCUUAACCCUGGUAAGAAGAGCUGGUGCAGGCUGGGCAGCUCCUGUGUGACGACUGGAUCCUCUGGAUUAAUAGAUGGAACAAAAGUUUCCAUCAAUGAAAAGGGUCACAAUGUUUUCACUGUGACUAUGAGUGGACUGAGGACAGAGAGCAGCGGCUGGUACCAGUGUGUUAAAGGAGAUUUACAGAUGCCUGUGUAUGUAACUGUUACUGAGCCAACUGUUCCUGAGCCAUCUACCACAAACCGCACACCUACCACAGUUCAGGAUGAACAGCAAAGUGGUUCUGCUAAACUAAAGAAAUUCAUCAUCCCUUUGAGUGUGUUGGUCUUCACUGUAAUGUUGACCUUGUUCAUCUGGUUCAUGUUGAAAAGACACAAGCAGACCAAAUCAGCAUCAUCAGCCAUGACAGAGGCUGAAGAGGAAGUAACGUACAGUAAAGUUGAGCACAUAAGGAAUACUUCAAACCAGAGGACAAAGGCUGAGAGAGAUGAGGACGUGACGUAUAGCUCUGUGGUUAACAAGAGACAACAAAGUGGCCAAAGGGUUGAAGUAAAUGACGACAAUGUUACGUACAGUAAUGUUGAGCACAUAAGGAAUACUUCAAGCCAGAGGACAAAGGCUGAGAGAGAUGAGGACGUGACGUAUAGCUCUGUGGUUAACAAGAGACAACAAAAUGGCCAAAGGGUUGAAGCAAAUGAAGACAAUGUUACGUACAGCACAUUGGCUUAGCAUCAGUGCAGCUUAGCACACGUUACCACGGUUUGUUCCACCUUUGUCCUACUUUAUCCUGUUCUGCAUACAUUUCAAAGAAGCAUAUCCUGUUUGUUUGCUAUGUUUUCCACAACACCAUUGACAACCCGAGUCUUGGGUCUAACUGUUGUAUUAUUUAGUAGCCCUAAAGGUCACAUAAGUAUGUUAUCUUGACACAUUGUGCAGGGUUUCCAUGUGUCCAAACAUUUUAAAUUCAUCUUGUCAAAUGUGUUGUAUCUAUCCAUGUGUCAAAUGUCAAUGUGUUUUACUUACUGUACUGUAUCUCAUAUAAACAAAGCUACUUCU